CCUCCUCCCUCCCUAGGCCGCGGCCGCUGCCGCUGCAGUGCGCAGGAGACCGCGGUCCGCGCCCGAGCGCGCCGGAGCCGGAGCGGGACCGGGGUCGGUGCACCUGGCGGAUGCGCCCGGCUGCGCGCGCCAGCGCAGCAGCCCGAGCAGCGACCGCCGCCCGCGCGGCGGGGAUGCCCGGACGCCGGGCCCCGGGGCUGGGCCCCCGGCGGUAACCGGAGCGGGGGGGCCGCGCCCCCCCUCCUCCCCCUUCGCCGGUCCCAGAGCCGCAGCUGCUGCGCCCGCGCGCUCCCGGGGACAUUCUAACCGCCGCUGGGUCCCACCGCCUCUCGCCCCGCUAUUAAUACCGGCGGCCCGGGAGGGGGGCACAGCGCGCGCCGCGCAGCCAUGGGAAGGCUGCUGGCCUUCGUGGUCGGCGCGGCACUGGUGUCCUCAGCCUGGGGGGGCUGCGUGGAGGUGGACUCAGAGACCGAGGCCGUGUACGGGAUGACCUUCAAAAUUCUGUGCAUCUCCUGCAAGCGCCGCAGCGAGACCACCGCUGAAACCUUCACCGAGUGGACUUUCCGCCAGAAGGGCACUGAGGAGUUUGUCAAGAUCCUGCGCUAUGAGAACGAGGUGUUGCAGCUGGAGGAGGACGAGCGCUUUGAGGGCCGCGUGGUGUGGAACGGCAGCCGGGGCACCAAGGACCUCCAGGACCUGUCCAUCUUCAUCACCAAUGUCACCUACAACCAUUCGGGCGACUACGAGUGCCACGUCUACCGCCUGCUCUUCUUUGAGAAUUACGAGCACAACACCAGCGUCGUCAAGAAGAUCCACAUUGAGGUAGUGGACAAAGCCAACAGAGACAUGGCGUCCAUCGUGUCUGAGAUCAUGAUGUAUGUGCUCAUCGUCGUGCUGACCAUAUGGCUCGUGGCAGAGAUGGUUUACUGCUACAAGAAGAUCGCUGCCGCCACGGAGACUGCUGCACAAGAGAACGCCUCGGAAUACCUGGCCAUCACCUCCGAAAGCAAAGAGAACUGCACGGGUGUCCAGGUGGCCGAAUAGCCCUGGCCCUGGGCCCUCCUCAAGGAAGAGCCAGCCCUAAUGGGGACUCUCUAGACACCGCCUGCCCCCAUUUGGGGUGGGGUGGCCGCUUCUGGGCCCCGGAAAGCCUCAGAGUCCUGCCGACAGAGCCGCCGGGGAGGGAGCGGGCAGGGGGCUUGGCUCGCACCCCCACCUUCGCCUCCUCCAGCUCCUGCCCCCCGGCCGCGCACCGCCAUGCAUGAUGGGUAAAGCAAUACUGCCGCUGCCCCCACCCUGCUUCUGCUGCCUGUUUGGGGAGGGGGGCGGUGAGGUGGGGGCAGCGGCCCCGCACCCCUCCUCCUUGCUAAUUUGCACACAUUGGCCGCUUCAGACACGCACUUCUGGGGCCAGCCCCUCCCCGCCUCCUCCCUGCCCGGGGGCAGGGGUCGCGAGGGUGGGCUGGAGCCGUUUGGGGCAACGGGUUCUGGGGCCCACUCCGACUCUCCCUCCCCAGCAUCAUUUCCCCUCCCGCUUCCUCCGGCUGGACCUGGGGUCCCUGUCCCCGUGAUGCACUCCUGCCCCGGCCCAACCUCGCUCUCUCUCACCAGCCUUGAACUGUGGCCACCUAGAAAGGGGCCCAUUCAGCCUCGUCUCUCUUUACAGAAGUAGUUUUGUUCAUGAAAUAAAGACUCUUGGACUUGA